AUGCCGGAAGGACCAGAACUAGAACUAGAAAAUAUGGAACAAGUAGACAAGGAGAUGAUGCUAUUUGCAUUACGAUCCACGCUGGAAAAUGCAGAAGAUGGAACCCUCACGAAAGGAGAAUACCACUAUAAGUUGGUGACUUACGGUUUUGAACAGCAGAUGGCGGUGGAAAGGUUAACAACAUGUUUUAAAGCUGUAGAAGAGGAAUCUAUGACCGAAGAUGACUAUUUUUUCGAACUCAUAUCUCCUUCCUUCUUUUACACCAAGCUAUUGGUUGGCUGGAAUUCGACAAACAUUUCGAUUAUCCGUUGGCUGUCUGUACUGUUACUUCUUGACAAGUGUGCCGUAGCACUCCCCGUAAACACAGAGCAUUCACCGGUAACUCUUACAGCUGGUUCAAAUGGGAUCGUUCCUUUUGCCUGCAGAAAAACAGAUCCAUUUGCAGCCAAAUCCUACAGUCUACAUUUGGAGGGGAAAGACAUCCCAUUCUUCAUUGAUGGAGUUUUCGUCCCGGAAGGGCUGAUGUCAACAGAUCAGGCAGAAAGAUUCGACGUGGCAUUUGUUGAAAAUGAUCAAGAAAUGUCAAUAGAAAUUAAUAUUGCACAGGUUUCCGUUGAAGAUCAGGGGACAUACAUUGCUAUACUCAUUGUCCAGGGGGAUACGACGGAGUCUCAUGUCAUGAAAAGAGCUGUCAUGAUAGUAAUUCCGCCGGGCCCAGCGAUCUGCUUCUUACUGCCAAGUGAAAUUUUUCAUGAUAGACAUGAGAUACACUGUCACUCUGAGCGUGGAAGUGGCGACUCGACACUCACUUGCUUUCAGGAAGAAGACAAGAUACCUUAUUUUCAGGUUGGGGAGGAACAAAGUGAUUCGCAGAUAGUUUACAGACGACGAUUCUGGAUGCUGAAUACAGAUGUUCCGGUAUAUUGUUGUUCUCAUGAUGUCAAAGAAAUUGUUACCAUUAAGCAAAAGUCAUGUAACCAAUUCAGAUUUCCCCCAGGACCGAAUCAAGAACCAGAAAUUAGUACAACACUUAAGCCUCACACACCGACUAAAAUUGCACCAAUUACAAAACCUAUUAAUAUGGAAGAAAAUAACAAUCUUUCCUCUGAAAAUUCAUCUAUUUCUGGAAGUGAUCGAAAUGUUGACAAAUCUUCUUUAAUCAUAUCUCUAAUGUUUUCAAUCAUUUACCUUAUCAUACAGUAA